GACCUCGCAAUGUCGCCGCGCUCCCGCGCUGUGUACAAGGACUUUUCGCACACGCUGCGCUCCAAGGAGACGCAGGUGCGGGGCGCGCGCUAUGCGCAGCAGCUGGCCGAGCGGUGCCUGCACGACCUGCCGGAGGCGGUGCACUGGCGUGUGCACCUCGAGAUGGCGGACCUCGCAAAGCGCGAGAAGAGCUUUGGGCGAGCACGGCAGCUCUACCGGAUGGCGACGCAGCUCCAGCCGACCGCGCCGCAGGCGUGGCUCGAGUUUGCAAAGAUGGAGGAGGAGCGAGGGCACUUCAGCCGUUGCGAGAAGAUCCUCACGCUCGGGCUGCGGCAUUGCCCCUACCACGAGGCACUGAUGCUCAAGGGCAUCAAGCACCUCGAGCGGAUGGGCGAGCUCCGCGCGGCGCGCUCGCUCCUCUCCCAGCUGCAGUACGUCCCCGUCAACCAGUCGUGGCGCACCGUGCUCGAGGGCGCGCUCCUCGAGGCGCGCGCCGGGGAGACGGCGAUGGCACGACGCGUCUUCAAGUUUCUGCUGCACGCGGCGCCGUGGUACGGGCCCGUGUGGUUUGAGGCGUGCCGGUUCGAGCAGCGGUGCGGCCACCCGCAGGAGGCGCUGCGCGUGGCGGAGGAGGGGCUCAAGCAGCUGCCGCGCUACGGGCCGCUCUGGUUCAGCGUGAUGCGGCUGCUCGAGUGCGCGCUGCCCAACCGGCACGAGCUCGUCCACGCGACGCGGGCGCACGUGGAGCGCGGCGUCCGCCACAUCUCCAAGGACCUCGUGUGGAAGCUGUGGUUCGAGGCGGCGCAGGUGGAGGAGAGGAACGGCAACCUCGCCCGCUCGCGCAGCGCAUACGUCAAGUCGGUGGGCGCGUGCGCGCCGAACCUUCGCUGGAAGGUCUGGCUCGGCGGCGCGCGCUCCGAGCUCAGCUACUCGCGCUUCGACGUGUCGCAGGCGCUGCUCGAGCGCGCGCUCGCCGAGUCGCCGCCAAAGACGCGCGCCAUCGUGAUGCUCGAGCAGUCGCGGCUCUACGAGCUGCGCGGCGACAUCGAGGCGGCGCGCGGCCUGCUCCGCUCGGCGCGAAAGUCGGCGCGCUCCGAGUGGAAGGUGUUUCUCGAGUCGGUCCUGCUGGAGAUGCGCUCCGAGGCGACCAGCCGCGCGCUGCGGGAGGCGCGGCGCGCGCUCGAGGUGCACCGCGGCACCGGCCGGCUGUGGGCGGUGCUCAUCCAGCUCGAGCAGGCGUCGGGCGUGCACCACCAGCUGCGCGUCUUCCAGCAGGCCCUCCUCGAGGUUCCCAAGUCGGGCGAGGUGUGGUGCGAGGGCGCGCGCAUCUGCCUCAACCCCUUCUCCGACUGCUUCAACCUCGAGGCGGCGCACAACUUCCUCGACUUCGCCAUCGAGUUCACGCCGCAGUACGGCGACUCGUUCAUCGAGUACCUGCGGCUCAUGAUGCUGGUCGGCGCGCCCGACGCGGACGUCGAGCGGCUCUGGCAGCUCUGCAUCAACGCGGAGCCAAACUACGGCACGCUCUGGUUCCACUCAAAGCGGACGGUGCUCCUCACCACGCGCCAGGUCCUCGAGAGCGCCACCGAGCUGCUCCGGCGCGAGCUGAGCGAGUGGCGAUCCGUCUACGACGCUGCAAUCGCGCGCGCGGCGCGACCAGACUUCCGCUCGACCGCCCUCGCCGCCGUGACGGCCGCGAUGCUCGCCCGCACCGGCGGGAGCGCCGACUCCGACGCGCCCGCGGCGCCGGCCCCGCUGCCGCCGCCGCCGCUCAAUUUGCCGGCCUCGCUGCCGCCCGUGGAGGCGGCCGACUUUGUGACGGGCUCGGUCGCCCUCAACCGCAUGCACCGCCAGCUCGGCCGGCUCGGCCUCGAGGAGCGUCGCGCCCUCAUCUACGGCGGGGACAUGAUUGUGCCGUGAGCACACUGCGCGUCUCGAGACGCGCAACCAUGCACGUGUCUGGGCGGCGCGGGCCGCGGCCGCGUCGCCCCCUUCCCGCACCCCCCUUGAGCCGCAGGCUGGGCGGCACAUAAAAACACGGACGGAACUGAUGUGGGUGGAUGUGGGCGCCAGUUAACAGAGUUGCCGAGGGGCCGCUCUCUCUAUGCGAACCGGUGGAGCGUAGGCGUCCACGCGGUUGUGACGGAUUUGUGCACCGUUUUGUGUUUGUAUUCUUUGUGGCAGAGCGGGGCACGCAUCUGUGUGUCU